GUGGCCUACAGAGGAAGAGGACGUGGCUGGGCAUCAGGGCUGGGCUUGCAGGACUGGAGUAGUGUCAGGGUGCCUGCAGGCUUCAUGGAUUCUUAGCUUUCAUUUCAGAUGGCUCACUCUUGCAGCCAUGGCUAUGGAGUCCACCAGUCCUGAGGUCUCAGUAGGGUGGCCAUGAUGGUGGGGUUCUGUCUGUGGCCUCACUCAUUCUCCUCCCUCUCCAGGCAGCUAUGGAUACAAGGUUGUGCUGAGAGAAGCGGGGGCAUGGCUGCAGCCCUCCAGGUCCUGCCCUGUCUCCUCCGAGCUCCGUCACGUCCUUUCCUCUGGGGUCCUCCGGUGGCCCGGAUGUCCAGUGGUAUGGCCUUGGCAGAACAGGCACGGCAGCUAUUUGAGAGUGCCGUGGGUGCUGUGCAGCCAGGCCCCAUGCUGCAAAGGGCACUCUCCUUGGAUUCUAGUGGCAGACAGCUGAAGGUGCGGGACCGGAGUUUUCAGCUACGGGAAAACCUCUACCUAGUGGGCUUCGGCAAGGCUGUACUGGGCAUGGCAGCUGCAGCUGAGGAGCUACUGGGCCAGCAUCUUGUGCAGGGUGUGAUCAGCGUUCCCAAGGGGAUCCGAGCUGCUAUGGAGCACGCUGGAAAGCAAGAGAUGCUGCUGAAGCCACACAGCCGCAUCCAGGUGUUUGAGGGUGCAGAGGACAACCUACCGGACCGUGAUGCACUGCGGGCUGCCCUGGCCAUCCAGCAGCUGGCAGAGGGGCUCACGGCCGAUGACCUGCUGCUUGUGCUCAUCUCAGGUGGGGGUUCCGCCCUGCUGCCUGCUCCCAUCCCGCCUGUCACUCUGGAGGAGAAACAGAUGCUCACCAAGCUGCUGGCAGCCCGUGGAGCCACAAUCCAGGAGCUGAACACCAUCCGGAAGGCCCUGUCCCAGCUGAAGGGUGGAGGGCUGGCUCAGGCUGCCUAUCCUGCUCAGGUGGUAAGCCUCAUCUUGUCAGAUGUGAUUGGGGACCCUCUGGAGGUGAUCGCCAGCGGCCCUACUGUAGCCAGUGACCACAGUGUGCAAGACUGCCUGCAGAUUCUUAAUCGCUACGGUCUCCGUGCUGCUCUGCCACGCUCUGUGAAGACUGUGCUCUCCCGAGCUGACUCUGACCCCCGCGGGCCGCAUGCUUGUGGUCAUGUCCUCAAUGUGAUCAUCGGCUCUAAUUCUCUGGCACUGGCUGAGGCUCAGAGGCACGCUGAGGUGCUGGGCUACCAUGCCACGGUGCUGAGCACAGCCAUGCAGGGUGAUGUAAAAAGCGUGGCCCAAUUCUAUGGGCUGCUAGCCCGGGUGGCUGCGGCCCGUCUCACUUCACCCAUAGCUGGGCAUCUUUUGGAGGAAGAGGCAAAACUCCAUCAGCUGGCAGCUGAGCUCCAGCUCCCAGACCUGCAGCUGGAGGAGGCUCUGGAAGCUGUGGCAAAGGCUAAAGGCCCAGUCUGCCUCCUGGCUGGUGGUGAGCCCACAGUGCAGCUGCAGGGAUCUGGCAAGGGUGGUCGGAACCAAGAACUGGCCCUGCGCGUGGGAACAGAGCUGGGCACACAGCCACUGGGGCCUAUUGAUGUGCUAUUUUUGAGUGGAGGCACUGAUGGGCAGGAUGGGCCUACAAAGGUGGCUGGAGCCUGGGUCAUGUCUGAUCUUGUCAGCCAGGCUUCUGCUGAAGGCCUGGACAUAGCCACCGUCCUCUCCCACAAUGACUCCUAUACCUUCUUUUGCAGCCUCCAGGGUGGAACACACUUGCUGCAUACAGGGUUGACAGGGACCAAUGUCAUGGAUGUCCACCUUCUGAUUUUUCGUCCUCAGUGAUGGCAUAGCUCAUAUUUGAGAAUAUAUAAGGAGCUUACAAGGGCAGGGUCUCCUGGGAAUAUCUAGGGCUGGUUCCCAGGUCCUCGUCGUGUUUUAGGACUCCCUGUCCCCUUAGCCUGGCUCCUUUACUGCUCUACCCACCUCCCUCGAUCUUCUCCAUAUUCAUUCCCCCGACCAGAUUCUCCCCCCCCUCCUGUCAUGUCAGCAGGUAGUGCUGAGGCCCAGAAGAACCUCCUUGGCCUGUUCCCAGUCCUGAUUUUCUCCCCAGGACCCCAUCUGUCCAGGUCUUAGCCUUCCAUGGAGUGAAGCUAGGGAGCCUGAAAAUAAAAAGGAACAUUGUGGGGGUCUCA